AUGGGGUGCCAGUGCUGCAGGAUGAUAAAAAGGUGAGAAGUGUGUCUGACUCUGAAAAUAACAGGAACAGCCAAUCAGGGGGCUUUGGAGUUGGAUCAGUCAAAUCAGAUGGAGUCAAAGGGCUUAAAAGUCACUGCAGAUAUUUUAUCUCUGGUUUCACAGCCAGUUUAGAUGUUUCUGUUCCCUCUGAAUGAUUUCUUGUCUUGUUUCAUGCAGAUAGUGAGAGGUCCAUUUAUAAAAACGUCUGCACUCCGAGUCUCACGUGGGCUCUUUGUACAAACUUGGAGUCAAUAUGCCAAUAGCCAUCACCCUUGGUUACUGUAUUUCUUUGCAGGGCUGUCUAUUCAUUAAAAGCCAACACGGCGGCGUUGUCAGGGCUCAACGCCGCUGCUUUUUCUGAGCCGAGAGAGGAGACAGAACCGGGUAACAAGACUCAGGUUGUAGAUCUGUGAAAGGGCAGACUGAGACUCGCAUACCAGAGUUGUAAUCCCCCCACCCCCUUUCCACACCUUUACUUCUUUCCUUCCCCCCUAUCAGAGAAAUACAUGUGAAUGCUUGUGACACACACAUACCUCCCUAAUUGUCCAGAGUGUCACAUUUCUGGGCUUAGCCGUGGUGUGGGUUUGGCAGGGUGGGCCUGUAGGUUACUGGGUCAACAGAGCGGUUUUGAUAUCAACAUGGCUGACACCCACACCUUCCUAAAAACAGGGUUUAAAGGAAGAUUCCGACGUAAAUUUAAUUUAGGGUCAAACACACAGAGUUAAACACGCCGUCGAGAGAUAAAUGUUGCCGACUGCUUGCUUCUCUAGUUAUACCAACUUUAGUAACGACCGCACGAUAGCAAUACACAUCAAUCUGAGGAGUCAUAAACAAACCUCAACCAAAACGCCACUCUAUAGCCACAAAUAAUGCUCAGAACAGCACCUAACUUCAUCAACAGUACAUAUAGGGUCUCAGCCAUAGUACUAGCCAUCAAACAUCUUUUUAACUUUGGCUAGUUUCUUUAGCAAAGAGACCAAAUACAACAUUAAAACACAACUCACCCUCUCUCUUCCAGCAGCCACUUGUUUGUACAGAGACCUCCAGGCGAGUCCAGCGACUGUAGCAGGGUGACACAGCUCAAGGAAGAACAUUUAUGAUCAUUUCUAGUUCUUCUGCUGUAGCGUCUUGGUCUGAUUGCAUUUCCAUGUAGAAAUGCUCAUAAAUGUUCUUCCUUGAGCUGCGAAACUCUGCAGCAGUCCGUAAUGGACUGGCCUGAGGUCUCGCUACAAACAAGCGGCUGCUGGAAGAGAGUAGGUGAGUUGUGUUUAGUCUCUUUGCUAAAGAAAUUAGGCAAAGUUUAAAAGACGUUUGGUGGCUAGGACCUUAUAUGUACUGUUGAUGAAGUUAGGUGCUGUUCUGAGCAUUAUUUGUGGCUAUAGAGUGGCGUUUUGGUUGAGGUUUGUUUUUGGCUCCUCAGACCGCUGUGUAUUGCUACCCUGCAGUUGUAAUUAAAGUUGGUAUAACUAGAGAAGCAAGCGGUCAGCAACAUUCAUCUCUUGAUGGGGUGUCUAACUCUGUGUUACGGUGUGUUUGACCCUAAAUUAAUUUCACUUUAAGAGUAAGUGUUGUUAUAGUCUGAAAGUGGGAGUCAUUAAGAUUCGUUCAUGAAACUAUCAGCAGUUUGAGAUGCAUCAUUGAAGCUACAGCGUAUGUAGAAAAGACGGUUUCUUUCUAAAAAGGUCUAAAAUAAACAGGAUUAAAAUAAGUGAGGGAAUCCCAACAGGAACUCCCCGGGAUCGACUGCAUCUACUUCUAUGCAAAAACACUGUUUUGGUAUUUAAAUCAGAGCUUAGCACUGCAGAGCUGCAGCCUCUAAAGACACUUGUGCACCCUUCUCUGUCAUUUCAUCUCCAUCUGCUUCACCAGAAAGAAAAAAAACACGCCUCAGCCCCCUCCUUCAAAAACAGCUUCCUGAUGGAAAAAGCAGCCUCCUGUCGAUGAUGAAAAUACACUUUCAUUUUCGCUUUUGUGCGCCUUUAUGAGUCACUGACCUUUUUAGAAAAAAAUCAUUUAAAAAAAAGGAAAGAAACACCAUGUCUGCGCCUCGCUUUUUCUGAGAGCUCAAAUUUCACCUUGGCAGCCGGGACACAGCGUUGGCGCUGCCCAGGAGGGAGUGAAAUGGAAAACAUUCAUUUUCUCAGGUUUCCACCGCGCAGCGAGACAGAGGGAGGGAUCCAGGGUGAGAGCGAGGUGCUUAAGUCAGAGUGUGAGAUUGUGGCUAUAAAUGUGUAGGUGGGCGCUGUUUGUGUAUGUCUGCUAACCCGAAUAAAUCAAUACAUGUGAAAGUUAUCUGCUCGAGUCUGAGCGGCGUGGAGUCAAGCCGGAUAAAAAAAAAAAAACAGGAGAGCCGAGAAGACGACUCGAAGAAAGAGCGAGACAAUUGACGGAAAAAGCUUGAGGGAGAGCGCUCGAAUCAAGGAGAAGUCAAGUGCAAAGAGGUGGUAGAUUGGCAACUAUAGGAGGAAGACAGGGAGGUUGAGGAGGAGGAGGAGGAGGAGGAGGGUGGGGGAGGCUCCUGGAGAGGUGCGGGAUGGAGGAGAAAACAAAUGAAAGAGAAGGAGAGACAGGUGAUACAAACAUGAGGCUCUCGCAGCAGGAGAGUCUGACAGCCUGUUACUCUACCUGCAGAAUAAAAGCCCCCCUGCCAACAUCCCUAAUACACUUCUACGUGUGCGAGAGGGAGUGUUUGAUCUCAGAGGAAAACCUUUCAAAGUGGGGGAUCGGUCCGCCGUCACAGCCGACGAAGGCUAUUUAAGGCGUAGAGCUGGAAAGAGCCUUGAUUAGUCCCAGACCUUUAUUGACCUCCGUCGUCUUAAAAAGCAGCGAGAUCUGUGACCGGUGGUUUACACAAUAAAGACCGGUGGAAACACCUCAUCAGGAGGUACAUCAAAUUAAUGCUCCAUCAUGUAUCAGCGCCUCAUUGUCCAGCUGAUUAUUCCGCCGAUGUUUCAGGUGAAAACGCUCCUGUCACUCUUCUUAAUGAGCUCAGCUUUGCGCCCGAACUUGGCUCAUUAUUUCUGUCUUGUUUUAUUUUUCUUUGACCGAAUGAGAUUUAAUUGGUUUUUAUUAUCUACUUUUUCCUGCGCGGAGAGUCUCAGAUAGAUAAACGGCUGCACAUUUGUCCUUUCUGGUUUCAAAUCUUGCCUUCAGUUCUCGCUUUGUCUUGAGGACAGUCUAUGCCGCAAAGUGACAGACUGGUAGACGGUUUUCUUCCUUCGUCGACUUGAUUCUUGAGGUCUAGACUCUUUGAUUCGCAAACCAUGUUGAUGUUGUUGGUAUAUCCUGCAAUGAGCGAACUUAGCUACCUGACAAGCAAGUGGACGUCGUUACAAGCAUAGACUGUAUAUAGAAUGGACGAUGUCUGCCUCCUCAAUGGGUGAAGCCACUCCGAGAACAGCACCCUCUGGUGAUGGGCUGCAGUAAAGGUCAUAAGUCCCGCCUCCUCCAACAAAGCCAAAGUUUUCUAUGAUUGACACUUGAGACAGCCAAUGAGCGUACGAAGAUUGCGUAGCUCACUCGGGGGAUACGCUGUUUCAGCCAAGCGUCAUCACAGCAACUCUCCCGCCAAAUACGUACAAUGCUACUGCGCAACUUUGGUUUCGGGAAAUGGAGAAAAAACACGGAAUUCCGAGAGCUUUUCGUAUAUCUGUAUAAUCCGUAUAUUGGCGGAAGGCGGAACCAAGUUGCCCAUAGUAUAUAAAGUCUAUGGUUACAAUCCAACGAUGCUGAACACAGUUAACAGAAAAAAGUACAGCUAAACCCCAAUCCCAGCUUCGACGUUGGGCCAUUGACCCAUUUGUGUGAUAUUUGAACUGAUCUAGAGUCCUGCAGACCCGUUGGGAUAAAUGGCACAGUCUUUCAAUACUUGUCCAGAUGCUGAUUUUGUUGUCUCGUGAAUAUUCGACUAACACUCUCUUGACCUUCUCCAUCUGUCUGUCUCACAGCUACAUCUACGAUCCAUCUGUGGCAGGGGAAGGGAGGAAGUCUGACUCCUCAGGCUCGCUCUACCACCCCCACCGCCUCUCAGGCGCAGGCCCCGGCAACGACUACAACAAACAGAAGCAGGGCAUCCACAACCUGGGCUACAGCAAGUCCAGCGACAGCACGCUGAAACUCGAGGCGGACAACAACCAUGUCAACCACCGGCUGCACGCCGCGCCUUCGUCUGCGAAAGACAGGCAGGGCAGCGCACCACCUGCGGAGGUGUACAUCAUCCAACCAGAGCAGAGGUGGAUACAGGACAGGGGGCCGAGCCAGGUGCCUGUUUACCCAAACAUACACGAGUAUGACAACCAGAGGGGCCACGAUAAGCGAGAACAGCGCUCAACGAGGAACGGCUGGGAUAGCUCCAUUAUGAUCGACAGCGAAAUCCCGUCAGCAGACGAGAUAGACGAGGGCGUGGGAGGGACGCCGGAGUACCCCUGCGACACCGGCGACGAAGGGAGCAUCCUGUCGGUGGACAUCCACACCAGCACCACCAGCCUGUCCUCAGCGGACACCAGGGACGACCGCAGACCGCCAAAGACUCCAGACGUUUCCACGAUGGAGAGCGGGAUCUCGGUGAUGAAGAGCGAGGACGAGGAGGUUGAAGAAUGCGUGGACAGCAUUACAGACUCGAUGGUGGCCGAAGCUCUCGCUGCUUUGGAGGCGGCGACGGCAGGGGAGGAGUGCGAAUGA